AUGCGUCGAGAGUCUUCUGAGUCGCUUUUAUCUUUGGUCGAUAGUUUCGAACGUAAUAUUUCCAUCUUGAAACGCCUCGGGGAACCAGCAGAUCGCUGGAGUUCGAUAUUAGUUUACCAGUUGAGCCUGCGUUUGGACAACCGUACCUUGCGAGAAUGGGAGCAAUAUUCUUCCAGAGAACCAGCUCGAGACGACGGAGUAGUGAAUGAUGGAAUGCCUCUCUACAUUGACAUGAUACGAUUCCUACAGGACUACGCCCGAAUGCUUCAGACUAUCGCACCCCAACACACAGCGAUGACUCAUAGACCGACAGAUUUCAAACCAAAAUCAAACGCCGCUGCUUAUGUCGCAGUAGAGCCUACUUCUCGAUCGUGUCUUAAUUGUGGUCAAGGUCAUUUUCUCGGGAAUUGUGGACAGUUCAGGAAAUUAUCGCCGCAUGAACGUCUCGAUUUCGCAAAAACUCAUCGCUUGUGCUUAAAUUGUUUGAAAACAGCGGCUCACAGUUGCAAGAACUGUCCCUCGUCCAAUUGUCGAAAAUGUGAUCGCAAGCAUAACACGCUUCUCCAUUUACCCCCUCUCGAUGGUUUACAUUUACCUGUUCUACAAAAGACAGUUUUCGGAUGGAUCAUUUCUGGAAAAUGUCAAAACACCAAUGAGAAGGCAUCUUUUGUGUCGUAUCAUGUAAGCCGCCUCGAUAAGCUGGAAGCCUUGGUGGGAAAAUUUUGGGAAUUGGAAUCGUGUGCGUCACCCAACAACUGGUCGCCUACGGAGCUUGAAUGUGAACAACAUUUCAAGAAAAACGUUAUACGCAAUGCUCAAGGCAGGUAUGUCGUAAAAUUACCUAAGAGAGUGGAAUUACUACCACAGCUGCAUGACAAUAGAUACAACGCACAGCGACGUUUUCUAUCGCUAGAGCGUAAACUCGAUUCAAAUAUCGAAAUCAAGAAACUUUAUCACGAGUUUAUCCAAGAGCGCAUCUCGCUGGGUCACAUGCAAGAAGUUCCACCAGCUGAGGAAGAUUUGUCCCCUCAAUAUUUCUUGCCGCACCACGCCGUAUUACGACUGAACAGUUCGACCACCAAGUUACGAACCGUGUUUGACGCUUCAUGCAAAUCGCAAUCUGGUAUAUCGCUCAACGAUGUCCUUUUAGUGGGACCAACGAUUCAAGAUUCGCUAAUUUCAAUAGUCAUGCGAUUUCGGAUGCACGCUUUUGUGGUGAGUGCGGACGUCGCCAAAAUGUACCGCCAAAUUUUGGUACAUCCUUCUGAUCAAGCACUACAAAGAAUCUACUGGCGGGAGUCUAAAGAGUUUCCGCUGAAAAUAUUCCAGCCUCGGACCUUGACCUACGGAACCAACAGCGCAUCCUUUCUUGCCACUCGGGUAAUUCAGCAGCUUGCUGAGGACGAGGCUAAAAAUUUCCCGCUCGCUGCGCCAGUAGUUCGUAAAGAUUUUUACAUGGACGAUAUGUUAACCGGUUCCAACGAUCUCAAAACCUUAAAGAACGUGUGCAUUCAAGUAACUGCUAUGCUAGAGUCGGCUGGCUUCCCGCUUAGAAAAUUCUCUUCUAAUUCUCAAGAGAUUCUCGAUCUUAUUCCCGUAUCGCAGAGAGAAACGAAAACUUUGCUAAAAUUUGACAAUCAUUCGUCUGUAAAUGCUCUCGGUCUACUUUGGGAACCAGCUUCCGAUUUUCUGAGCUGCAAAAUUCCGGAAUGGCCAAGAAUUAAAACGUAUACAAAACGCACCGUACUGUCCCGUAUGUCGAGCCUAUUCGAUCCGUUAGGAUUACUUGGUCCAGCAACCGUAAAGGCCAAGAUAUUUAUGCAGACGCUAUGGAAGACAACGUUAUCGUGGGAUUCCAACCUGCCCGUUCCGUAUCAAAUCGCUUGGGAAGAGAUACAAAGCCAAAUUCCUGAAUUGAAAGAACUUCGUAUUCCUCGUUUCGUUUUGUCGCUCCGUAGACCAAAAAUCGUCGAAAUGCACGGAUUCAGUGACGCGUCUGAACAAGCUUACGGCGCCUGCGUCUAUAUUCGUUCGAUCACCGAUGAUGGAUACUGUACAGUUCGGCUUUUCGCUGCCAAGUCAAGGAUAGCUCCUUUGGAGGUCAAGUCCAUCGCCCGUCUUGAGCUUUGUGCCGCCCUUCUCUUAGCAAAUCUAUCCCAAAUGGUUGCAGACACCAUCGCACACAACGGCAAAGUAUUUCUCUGGACCGAUUCAUCCAUCGUACUCCAUUGGCUGGCUUCGUCGCCGUCUAAAUGGCAAACAUUUGUUGCGAACCGUGUUGCGGAAAUUCAAAGGCUGACCACCAGUGGAAUCUGGAAACAUGUUCCCAGUAGUGACAAUCCCGCCGACCUAAUUUCGCGAGGAAUGUUUGUCUCGGAAUUGUACAACAGCUCUCUUUGGUGGAACGGGCCUAACUGGAUAACGUCUGUCGAUCAGCCUUGGCCUGAAACCGUGGUAGUACCCGUCCACGACUCGAUGUCGGAGGAAGUGCUCGAAAUUCGAAAGCUGGCCUUCUGUGUUACAGCUGACAAUGAUAAUCUUGUGAAACGUUACUCUUCAUUCACGCGUUUAUUGAGAAUCGGUUCACUUUGCCGUCGGUUCGCUAACAACAGCUCAACGAAUAAAGUUUCUCGUCUGGGACCGAUAUCCACUGUCGAAAUGCGUGAAGCUAUGUUAGCACUCGUACGCGUUGUUCAACAAGAGUGCUUUGCCCCUGAGAUAGCAUCUCUUUCUGCCAACCAAGAUGUACCUCGAUCGUCGACUUUGCGAUUUCUUCACCCAAUCCUCGAAGACAGCCUGAUACGUGUUGGUGGCCGGCUACAACAUGCAUCGAUCAGCUACGAUAGGAAGCACCCUUUAGUAUUACCAGUGAAACAUCCAUUAACGCUACUGAUCGCCGAAUCUGUUCAUCGGCGAACCAUGCAUGGCGGGCCACAGCUUACAUUAGCAAUCAUGAAACACGAGUUUUGGCCAUUGCGUGGUAGAGAUCUGGUACGGCGAGUAGUACACAGCUGCGUAACGUGUGCAAAGGCCAGGCCCAGGAAUCUCGAGCAACUAAUGGGACAGCUACCACCGGAGAGGGUUAAUCGAGCAUACCCCUUUCAAUACGUCGGAAUAGAUUUUGCGGGACCAGUGUAUCUCAAACCAAGCACACGCAAAGGAGCUCCUGUAAAAUCAUACGUUGCAGUGUUUGUUUGCCUGGCGGUCAAAGCAGCGCACCUUGAGCUCGUGUCGGAUCUCACGUCGGCUGCAUUCAUCGCGGCACUUCGUCGUUUCAUUGCGCGCAGGGGAUUGCCGAAUACCAUCUUCUGUGAUAACGCAACAAAUUUUACUGCAGCUCACAGGGAACUCAAAGACCUUCGACAGAUGUUCCUGUCGCAGCAUCACAAAAAUGCUGUUGUACUAGAAGCAAGUACCCAAAAAAUUGCUUUUCAUUUCAUACCACCACAUGCCCCUACGUUUGGUGGGUUAUGGGAGGCUUGCGUCAAGUCUUUCAAGCAUCAUCUUCGCAGAAUAGUUGGGAAUAGUCAGCUGCCGUAUGAGGCCUUUAGUACCGUGCUUGUGCAAAUUGAGGCAUGCCUUAACUCGCGACCAAUUACUCCACUGUCCAACGAUCCGAACGAUGAAGAAGCACUUACUCCAGGACACUUCAUCAUCGGACGACCGCUUUUAGCCGUACCUGAACCCGAUUUAGCGCACAUUCCAGAAAAUCGUUUGGAUCUUUGGCAGAAAACGCAAAGUCUCACGCAACACUUUUGGAAACGAUGGAGCAAGGAGUAUCUGUGUACCUUGCAGCUCCGGUACAAGUGGUCUACGGUGAAUCUAAAUUUGCUGAAAGAUUCCAUCGUUUUGAUUCGGGAUGACAAUCUCCCAGUUGGAAGAUGGUCGAUGGGCAGAGUAAUUUCUGUCAAUUUCGGAGAUGAUAACCUCGUUCGAGUUGCAACUGUAAAGAUUGCCGGUGUAGCCAAACCAGUAACACGUCCGAUUACGAAAUUGUGCCUUUUACCGAUCGAGAUAGAUCCAGGAACCAUCGAAGCGCGUCCGUCAUCAACCCCCGACCAAGACGUGACCUAUGGUAUGUAA